AUGGGGAAACGGCAGAGAGAACAUCUGUUGGAGGUAUUGACCAUCAAGGCUCGUCGCCAGAAAAGCUGUUGGUUUUUGAUUAAAGUUAAUGUAAGUUUUUUUGUAUUAUUUCUUGGUUUUUAGGACAUGUAUUGAACGAGUUUAACGGAAAGUAAGAGGUGAAGAUAAUGAAUUACGUUCGAAACUUAUUCGUAUAUAGACAUAGGUUUUGUUGUGGGUUCGCUGAAGUUUUGACGUAAAUUAGGUAUUUGUUGACGGAUUUUUAUAAGAUUUUUAUUAAAACAAGUUAAAAUAUAGUCCGAAGAAGGUUUAUUUAUGUAAAGGUUCAAGUUGUUUGAGUUUAUUUUUCGGGCUUUAAAUUCGAAUUUUUUUUUCUUACACUACUUUUAGUUGAACAUCAUAACUUUAUGGAUUAUAUUGAAUGCUGGAACGUUUAUCUAUAUCCGUAAUCAACAGGUGAGUAGUUUGUUUGUUAUGUUAUUUCUUAAGGUUAAAUUUAUGUUUGUUUUGUCAAUUGAAAAUCGUGAAAACUUGUUUUUCCUUGUUUUACCUAUGAUAAUAUUAAGUUUUUGACGAAAUCUUGAGUUUUAUACUUAUUUUUAUGUUUCACUGGUUGUCUAUGUGAUUACAAUAGUGGCGUAAAGGUUUACUAUAAUUUUGUUGAUGUUUUAGGACACGUUGCAUCGGUUUACAGAAGAAGCAGAGUUGUUAAAGGAUAGCCACAUUAUGUCGUUUGAGCAUUGCCAAUUUUCUCACAAAUACUACAGCACGCCGUUUGAUACUGUAAGACUUUAUGUUUUGAUUUUAAAUUGUAUUCUGUCCUUAUAUAGUACGUAAUUUUAGGUAACAAUUUUUUGAAACAUUUAGAUUUAGAUAUUACUGGAUGUGAUUUGUAAAUUUUCUUGAAAUGCUUUUUUUUAGAGCAGAUGCCAUGAUCAAUGUGGUACAAAAGCAAUCGCCUGGAGGCUGCGAACGUUACAAAUGCCUUUCAAACGCUAUGAAGAUGUUGAUUUGGACGAUGAAAAAGGCUUUCGACGUGUAUGUUUUGAUAUUUUGGACCAUGUAAGUUACAUUUCGACCGUUUAUGUCUUUUUCUGGUCUUUACUUUGUAAAAUUUCAGGUCAAUUGUCACGACAGUCACAAGAAGUGCCAUCCACCGCCAAGAAAAGUGCCACAAUGUGCUGGUAUGGCGGGUACCGAGCUGGAGGAUCAUAUAUCAUACGGAGAACGAGUUCUUGCACCAGCGAUCAGUGAAACCGACUUGGCCAAGGCUUUGAACAAAAAUGUUUUGGCUAGCGAAUUGGUGAUUCUAUGCCCACUUUGCCGUAUCCAGUCUGAUUGGUUCAAGUGGGUUUUUUAUUUUUUGUUACCCAAAAUUGAAAUGACUUAAAAUAUUUUGUUACCUAAAAUGAGGAAAGCAAGAUUUGAAAGGCAAGCAAAAAUUUUCUAUGUAACUUUUAAAAUGACAAUAUUUGACUUGUCUAAAUGUUUAUUUUAGGGUCGAUGGCACCAAAGCCAACUACAAUGAAUCCAAGAUCAAUUGCUUGGCUAAACUUUUGACUAUUGCUCCGGGUUGGCCGAGGUUCGCUGGUUAUUGUGACAACACUGUUAGUGCCAUAAAGCCCUUUGAGGAAUGUAAUCAUUUCAACGACCACAUUGAUACAUAUAGACUUUGA